AUGAGCGUCAUCUGUGGCCUGCAGUCUGUUGUGAGAAACUGUCUUUCCUUUAGAUUUAGUUCACUGGCCAGUUGGAGGAAAUAUGACACGCUAACCAUAAGCUCAUUGGACUGUCGUCAAGUACAUGUGAACUUUGUCAUGAAUAAGUAUCAGGGAGCAAGAGUAAAGCUGUGUGACAAGUUUACUUUUCUGCCUGGAAACUUCCGUUUCUGUAAGACUUAUAAUAACAAAAGAACAGGCUUCCUCGAGAGCACCAAAAGUAAGGAAAUUUGGAGGAUUACCUGCAAAUGUUCUGCACGGAAUGACUCAUUCUCAAGACAGCCACUGAUCAAAGAAGUUGCAGUGUUGCACCCUCCAAACGGUUUUCUCAGAAGAGAAAUCAGAAGUUUCCACACUUCCCCGCGAUUUCAAGCAGCUCCAGUUCCAUUCUUGUUGCUUGCUCUUAAGCCUGUGCAGAAACUAUUUGCAAUCAUUGUAGGCAGGGGCAUAAGGAAAUGGUGGCAGGCGCUUCCUCCUAACAAGAAGCAACUCUUUAAAGAAAGUGUGAGGAAGAAUAAAUGGAAGUUAUUCCUUGGUUUGAGUAGUUUUGGAUUGCUAUUCAUACUCUUUUAUUUUUCUCACCUGGAGGUGAGCCCAAUCACGGGAAGAAGCAAACUGCUGUUACUGGACAAGGAAUAUUUCAAGAUUUUAUCAGAUCUUGAAUAUGAAACAUGCGUGGAAGAAUUUAAAGAUCGUAUGCUGACGGAGAAUGAUCCUAGGUAUCUAACCAUUAAAAAAGUGGUUUAUCAUCUCAUUGAAUGCAAUAAAGAUGUCCCAGGGAUUUCUGAGAUCAAUUGGGUUCUUCAUGUGGUUGAUUCUCCAGACAAAAAUGCUUUUGUGUGCCCAAACGGACAAAUGUUUGUUUUUACUGGACUUCUAUAUAGCGUAAGUGAUACUCAUCAACUUGCCUUCCUUCUGGGCCAUGAAAUAGCUCAUGUUGUGCUUGGGCAUGCUGCAGAAAAGACCAGCAUGUUGCAUUUAUUGGAUUUCCUAGGUGUGAUUUUUCUCACAGUGAUUUGGGCCAUGUGUCCUCGAGAUAGCCUGGCACUGUUGUGUCAGUGGAUACAGUCUAAAUUACAAGAGUUUAUGUUUAAUAGACCGUACAAUAGAACAUUGGAGGUUGAGGCUGACAAAAUUGGACUACAGUUUGCUGCAAAGGCUUGUGUGGAUGUCAGAGUCAGUUCAGUAUUUUGGCAGCAGAUGGAGUUUGCACAGAAGCUCCAGGGUCACCCCAGGUUGCCGCAGUGGUUAUCCACACACCCUUCUCAUGAAAAUCGAGCUGAGAACUUGGAUAGACUUAUACCUCAGGCUCUUCAAAUUAGAGAGAACUGUAAUUGCCCACCCCUUUCUGGACCAGACCCUCGAGUACAAUUCAGACUCAAUAUGAAGCAUUUUCUUGAAGAAUCCGAGAAGGAAGACCUAAAUGUCACUGUGAAGAAACAGAAAGCAGAUACACGUCUCGUUCAAAAGCAGAAGCAGAUACCAUUGACAUACAUAGUUGAGAAAAGAACUGGCAGUUGA